UAAACGGAAGCUUUUCCUCUCUCAGUCACUCUUAUUUAAAGUGAGCUGCUCUUCACUCACUCACUCUCUCAGGCUCUCUCACUCGCUGCGGUGGUACCCCUCGCGCUCCUGCUCUCUGAACGCGGAUUGGCCGCAGCACUGGCACGAGGAGAGAAACAGCUGGAGCACACAGCUCGCGCUCCUCACACAGCUGGAGGCUGGAAGCGCGCGCUCUGGCUCUGCUCGCUGAUUGGCCCGCGCUGUGUGUCGCCGCGUGUGUGCUGUCAGCUGCAGCUGCAGAGGCUGAGCUCAGUGCAGGGGUUCACUAGGUGAGUUCAGAGUGAGGGGUUCAGUCAGUGAGUGAGUGAGUAAAAGAGUCUGCGAAAGAGUCAGAGAGAGAGUCUGUCAAGGAGUAAAAGAGUCAGUGAGUAAGUGAGAGAGUCUGUCAAGGAGUAAAAGAGUCAGUGAGGGCCUCAGUUAGUAAAAGAGUAAGUAAGAGAGUCAGUGAGUCAUUUAGUAAAAUAGUCAGUGAAGGGUUCAGUCAGUGAAAAGGAGUAAAAGAGUAAGUGAGAGAGCUAGUUAGUCAGUGAGGAGGAGGAUGGAGUGUAAAGCCCAGCUGAAGGAGAUGGACAGACCGACGGCGGCCUGCUCCUCCGGCCCCGCGGCGCACUGCUUCCCCGCGCUGUUCUGCGGCCUGCUGUCCGGCCUGUCCGUGCUGUUCUGCGUGCUCAUCACCUUCAGGACUUCUCACCUGGAGCACAGAGUGGCUGUUCUGGAGACAGAGCGGGACUCCCUCUUCACCUCACUUCCAGCCUGGCUGGAGGUCAACGGCACCCUGUGGGAUUUAAUAGAUAAACUGGUGCAGAAGAAACUCAUGGAGGAAGCCCCCAAACUGCGCACUCCAAGGGACCUUGUGCAGGAGUGCUCGUGCCCACCAGGACCGCCGGGAAGGCGGGGCAGAAAAGGCAAUCCUGGAACUCCAGGCACUCCAGGGCGGGACGGCUACCCGGGUCCUCUGGGUAUGGAUGGUAAGCCUGGUCCUCCUGGUCUCAAGGGCAGCCCGGGGAUGCCGGGGCCAAAAGGAGAUAAGGGCGACCAGGGAGACAUGGGGCCCAGGGGCCUUCCAGCAUACGCUGCCUCCGCAGGCCUGCUCAGUAAUCAGAUUCUCACAGUCAAGGGUGAUCAAGGUCAGGCGGGGCCUCCAGGUCCCCCAGGGCCUCCCGGAGCACCUGGCCCCAGAGGGCCUCCUGGAAACACAGGCAGAGAUGGACCCCAUGGCCACCCAGGAGAACCGGGUCCCCCUGGAAAAGACGGGAUGGAGGGUCCAAGAGGGCCACCUGGUAUAAAGGGGGAGACUGGAGAGCGCGGAGUGACCGGACUUCAGGGCCCUCCAGGGCUAAAAGGUGAUCAGGGUCUCCCAGGUCCAGAAGGAAUUAGAGGUGUGGACGGAAUCCCUGGCAUGAAGGGGGAGAAGGGAGAACAUGGAGUUCCAGGACUACCGGGUUCUGGGAUCUCAGGUGAAACUGUUCCUCCUAUAGAACUGGUGUGUCCUCCUGGUCCACCAGGGCCUCGUGGAGAUGCAGGAGAAAAGGGUGAAACAGGUUCUCCUGGGAUACCUGGAUCUGAAGGCAUACAGGGGCCCAAGGGUGAUAAGGGCGAUGCAGGAGAGCCUGGUAUAUCAGGAGCUAAAGGAGAGAGAGGAGAGAUGGGUGUGUCCGGGCCAAUGGGUGCUGAUGGUCAGAAAGGGGAGAAGGGAGACUCCAGGCUUGAGGAGAGUCUGGGUCAGAUAAUCUCACUACCAGGCCCACCAGGCCCUCCGGGACCACCUGGGCCGCAAGGAAUUAUGGGACAUCAUGGAAUGCCAGGCCAGAAGGGGGAGGCAGGUGAGGCAGUGAAAGGAGAGAAGGGAGACAUUGGAGAGAAGGGUCCCCAAGGACCACGGGGCCUUCAGGGAUUUCCUGGUUCUAACGGUUUGGUUGGACUUCCAGGUGCAAAAGGUGAAAAGGGAAAACAAGGAGAGCCUGGAUUAGAUGGCUUUCCUGGACUACAAGGAGAGAAGGGAAACAAAGGUGACAGAGGAGAAAAGGGUGAACGAGGCUCUCUGGGAAAAAAGGGUCUAAAAGGACAGAAAGGAGAGCAGGGGCCUCCAGGGCUGGACCAGCCUUGUCCUGUGGACCGGGACGGACUACCAAUGCCAGGAUGCUGGCAUAAGUGAUGACCAGCUGGAAGCGUGGAAUCUGUACAUAUUGAUAUAUAUAUUUGCAACUAACAUUUGCUUUUCAUUUCCUCCUGAUUUUGUAAGUUUUAAUUUAAUGUACUGAGUUUUGAUACAGAUAGUGAUACUUAAGUUCCCUUGCAAAACAUUCUGUCCAUGUAUUGCUGCUUACUAAAGAAGGGCUCGAAUCUGCAUGGAUGGAAGCAGGAGCACUUGCACAAGAGUUGAACUGAAAUAAGGUGAUGAGGGCACAUGGACUCAGUGCUUGUGGGACGCACAGAGAAUGCCACUUCUUAACCUGGCGAAGAGAAUAAUCACAUAUAAUCAGCAUAAACCUGGCCUACCUAACAGGCUUUACAUGGUGGCUGUAGAUUCAUUUUCCUGCGCUGAUCUUCUUGUAGCAACCUGGGAUUACCAGAAAGAGCCAACUCAUACACCCUACCGCAGGACUGAGUGACGGGAACAAGAGGAGCUUUCUUAUCCAGAGCCUUAAAGGAUAAAGGCUUUGGAGAUUUACAGAGAGGAUGCAUGGACUUGAGAGAACCCCUGUGAUGAAGCCAGAAUGUGAAAACGUUACAGUGAUUUUCUGGAUGUUUCUGGUUUCAUACAUUCAUACACUCUCAGCUCUCAGGAAAAAAGGACUCACGUCAAAAGAAAACAACAAUCACACAUGAUCUGUUUUGUUUCUGAACUGAAUAGUAAUGGGCAUGAUUAUUCAAAUGUUGUAUGUGGAUAUACAGACUUGAUUUAGUGUUUGUUUUAGUAUAAUUUGGGUUGAUGAUUGGGUUUUUAUUUUCCCCCAGAAAAUGAUUUUUUUAAGAUGUAUCAUAUGCUAUAUCAUUCAAAGGUGGUGUUACACUUAGGAAUGCAGUGAUUGACAGCCUUUGCUGUAAGAAACUGUCUGCAGUACCUUUCUGUUCUUUACAUCAAGUAGCUGGGUUGUAGACAAGCUAGCUGUAAGGCAACUAGUUAGUUCAUUAUAAUAUAGUUAUACUAUGAUAAUUCUGUUGGCUGUUUUUUGCAGUGUUUCAGUAAGUCUGAUGUUAGCAUAAAAUACUUAAUGUGGUCAAUGUGAUCCAAUGAGUUGUUAGGCAGCCAGCAUAUAUUAGUGUAGAUAGACAUGCUAGAAUGAUAAACUUGGUAGUAUUUGUACUUGGCUUCAAUCAGCAGUCUCAUCACAUUUAUUUUCUGUAUCCAGUCCAAAUGCAAUUUAAAACAUUAUAAAUAAAUCCUAGAUGCAAGUGUCUCAUGGUAAACAAAAAAGUCACAUCUAAGCAGUACUACAAAUGUUAAAUUGCACACUUAAAAUAAAGGUGUGUCAAAGGGCUCUUUAAACAAUUCUAAAGAACAGACAUAUAAAAAUCUGGACCUUCAUUCCAGUUUUCAGGAAUGAUCCUUGGUGGGAUUCACACCAAUCAAUUAUAUCACAUAGUCUCUUAGUAUCCAAGUAUUACAAAAAUCAUUGGGAACUUAAUUUGUAACCUUUUGUAAUAGAGAUAUCCAGGCUGAGCAGUUAAAUAAAAAAAUAAAAAACGUUGGAAAAUAAACACAUACAUGUAUUGUCUCCCUACAAACAUGACAACGACGUAGUUUGUAUUCAUGUUCAGCCUAAAAAAGGAGGCAACAUGAAGAAAAACUCAAACACAGAGCCAACCAAGCACCUCAAGCAGCUUGUACCAAAAUAAAAAUCCUGUCAGUCAUUUAUUAAAAUAGCAAUUUAUUCAUUGUUAUCAAGGUAAUUGUUGUAUUAAUUGUGAUAUUGAGUUGAUGUCACAUUGCAGAGCACUAACUAAGUGUGAAGAAAGUUUAAAUUGAUUAGCAAGUGAUCAGAUUUUUAAGGUUCUUUAAACCUUUACAAACGUUUGUUGUAAAUGUCUUAUAAAUGUAUUUUCUAAAUGAUUGUUUAGGGAACCAGAAGUGAAGUAUGAGGACACCAUGCCUAAUGUCAAGCAUUGAUUAAAAGGGUAUAAAGCCACCCCAGCAUUGGAUUGUGGUACAGUUUGUUUGUUUGGUUUGACCACUUAGGAAUGAGCUAGAAUGUCAUUUGUAAUGCUAUCACAUUUCCAACAUACAAAUCUAUUAAAAAUCAAUGUUUCAAAAUGCAGAGGUAAGCCUUCCCAGAAUAGUAGUAGAGGCUGGUAAAGUAGUAAAAAGGUAUUAGGGAUGAUUUCCAAAUAGUUUAAAAUAGUCAAAUGCCCAUUUCUAGUAUGAAAGCCAGGAAUGACACUAUGGUAAAUAUUCAGUUUUGCAUUAAAAUGUAAUAUACAGUAAACCACUUUCUAAGGUUUCAAACCAUGUUUCUACAGAUUUUGUAUAAACCCAGUCUCAGUACUCUCUAUUGAUCUGUGUAAAUAUGAUGUAUAGUUAUCUUCCACAAUUGUUUUAGAGCUAUAGAAGUUGAAUGAGAUUGUUCUACUGAUAAACAGUGUGAUGUGCUUGUUUUAUUUGAAUCAUUAAAUCCUUAAUCUAUGUGUACAUUUCUGUUUAUCAUGUAGGUAGAUGAAUCGUUGAGCAAGGACUGCAUUGUGUUAAUAGGCCUGUGUCAUUUUAAUGUUGUAGAACAAAAGCAUGCUGUUUCAUCAA